GGCAGAUACUCACUAACUCCUACUUUUGAAGAUGAACCCUAACAGUCCUUUUCGCGGACAGCAGCCUGCUGUUUUCCCAGCACCUUCUAAUAGUUCUGUAGGAAUGUUUCAGGCUCAAACACCAUUUCGAUUUGGUCAGCCCUCUAUGUUUGGACAGAGCAAUGGAGGAUCUGUACAGAACCUUGGGUUUGCCCAGCCAUCCAACUUUACUCAGCCUUCGGGAUUAAGCCAUCCCACUUCAGGGCAAACCUUGGGAUUUGGGCCGCCCUCUGGGUUUACACAGUCUUAUGGUCUUGGACAACCUACACCUUUUGUGGCGUCUUCUGCACCAACUACCUCCUCUGUUGUUGGAAACCAAGGAUUCAGUUUUAAACCACCUACUAACCUUGGAACAUUUCAGAAUGCUUCUAACUUUGGAGUUACAUCUGGAGAAGUUUCAAGUAGUGGCUUUGUGGGAUCAGAAUUCAGCUUUAAAACACCAGAAAAUGCAAUAUUUAAACCAAUCUUUGGUGCUGGUUCCGAGCCAGAGAAAACACAAAGCCAGAUCAUCCCAACAUCUUUCACAUUUUCCCAUCCAGUUAGUAGUGGGCCUGGAGUACUGGCCCCUUUUGGCCUUUCUCAAGAGACCAGUAGCUCUAGUACCAGUACAAACUUCAGCUUUUCAAAACCAGCUAGCAGCAGUAAUUUGCCAUCUUCCUUUGCCUCUUCUGUACCAAGCAAAACAGUAGAGGAUGACAAAAAAGGAACAAAGCCGCUCUUUGGAAGCCCUAGCAGCAGCUUCACUACUUUUUCUAGCUCAUCUGGGUCCUUGGAUUUAGGAGGAAACUUCCAAGUCAGUAUAGCGACUAAAUCAGAACAUGACGAAGCUCAGAGUGAGCCACUUGUCAGCCUUGUAAAAGGAAUGAAAAGAAAAGAGGAACGAGAUCGUUCCCCAAGAGGGCGGGAUUAUGAUGUUGCAGAGGAGUCAGAGAUUGUAUCUAGGAGCGGUUAUCCUCCAGAUAAGCGGCCUGUUCGAUUAAGCCGGCCACGUGGAGCAGCUGGCUUGUUUAGCCGAACAUUGCAGGAUAUGAUAAAAAGCAAUAAAGAUAGUGGACGUGUUAAGAAAGAGUCGAAAAGGGAAAGAGUAGAAUCUGGAGAAAAUGAACAGAUGUUGGGAGCAAGUAAGUCUCUGUUUGCAGCGCCACGGCUCUCAGCACCAUUACAAGAAGGAGAUGGUAAAGAGAAAACCGAAGCGAAAACUACGGAAGAUUCCGCUAUUGUGACUCCUUCACGUCGAAAUCGAAGCAGCGAGAGUGUGGACAGUCUCGGUGGCUUAUCGCCAAGUGAACUCACAGCAAUCCAGUGCAAAAAUAUCCCUGACUACCUUAAUGACGCAAAUGUGCUCAAGAAGCAUUUUGGACAGACGAAAGUCCAGCGCAUCCUUACCAGGCGCAGCAAAAAGCUGGCUAUUAUUUACUUUUUUGAUCAUGCCUCUGCUGCUCAGGCAAGGAAGAAGGCAAAAGGGUUACACAAAGAUAUAGUAACAUUUUGGCAUAAGAAGAAAACAAGUCUUGGUAAGGAAGAAUUUUCAUCUAAGGAGAAGAAGGCAGAUGAAGAUGAAGGGAGACAAAGCAAAGAAGAGCAAAACUAUCAGCAUUCCCCUCUUCGCAAAUCUUUAAUAAGACCCUCCACCAGUAGCAACCUGUCUAGUAAAAGUUCUCCAGCUAAGAAAUCUGCUCUUACAAAGUCGCUGCAGUUUGAGGCAGACCCAUUUGAUUCUGGGACUGAAGGGCAGAACUCUGAGAGUUUGGCAGUAUCAGCAUCCUCUCUCAGUAACCUGAUAGGCUCAGUGGCAGAGACCUCUGAAGACAAAUAUCGCCUUCUGGACCAAAGGGAUAAAAUCAUGCGACAAGCUCGAGUAAAAAGGACCGAUCUAGGCAAAGCUAAAACAUUUGUUGGAACGUGCCCAGACAUGUGUCCUGAAAAAGAACGCUAUAUGAGGGAGACGAGGAACCAGCUCAGUAUCUUUGAAGUGGUCCCAGGAUCUGACAAGGUAAACCAUGCAGCUGCAAUAAAGGAAUACAGCAGGUCUUCGGCAGACCAGGAGGAGCCUUUGCCCCAUGAACUGAGACCUUCAGAGGUGUUGUGCAUGACCAUGGACUAUUUAGUUACCCAAAUCAUGGACCAAGGGGAAGGGAAUUACCGAGAGUGGUAUGACUUUGUAUGGAAUAGGACACGUGGAAUAAGAAAGGAUAUAACCCAGCAACAUCUCUGUGACUGUCUAACAGUAUCCUUGAUUGAGAAGUGCACUCGUUUUCAUAUUCAUUGUGCCCACCACUUGUGUGAGGAGCCCAUGUCCUCUUUUGAUGCCAAGAUCAACAAUGAGAACAUGACUAAAUGUUUGCAGAGCCUGAAGGAGAUGUACCAGGACCUGGCUAAUAAGGGUAUUUACUGCAAGAGUGAAGCAGAGUUCAGAGGCUACAAUGUGCUGCUGAAUCUCAACAAGGGGGAUAUUCUCAGAGAAGUGCAGCAGUUUCAACCUGCUAUCCGAAACUCAGCUGAGGUCAGAUUUGCAGUUCAAGCCUUUGCUGCAUUAAACAGCAAUAAUUUUGUAAGGUUUUUCAAGUUGGUGCGAGCAGCUUCCUAUCUGAAUGCCUGUCUCUUACACUGUUACUUCAACCAGAUACGCAGAGAUGCUCUCAAGUCUCUCAAUAUUGCCUACACUGUGAACACUCAGAGAUCCACUGUCUUUCCUCUGGAUAACUUGGUUCGCAUGCUACUGUUUAGAGACUGCGAAGAAGCCACUGAUUUUAUAAGUUAUUAUGGCUUGAGUGUGUCCGAUGGUUAUGUGGAGCUGAAUCGCUUAGCUUUCCUGGAGUCUGAAGGAUUGCCCAAACCAAGAAAGUCAUUGUUUGUUAAGCAGAAGCUAACUGCAUCCAUUGGAGAAAUUGUAAAUGGAGGAGCAUUACCUCCAGUAACUCGCCAUGUACCUGUAUGUAGCUUCAAUGGGCAGAACAAGUACACAGGAGGGAGCACUCCUGGGGAGCCAGCCAGCAGCAUCCAGAAAGCCAGUGUGAAUGUGACAGAAGGAAGGAUAGAAGAGAGAGGUUUGGAGUCUGAAGAGACACUGAUACAAGUCCAGCCUCCAGCUCAGCCUUUGCCUUCACUGUUACCUCGUCCUCCAGCACCAUUGCCUCCUGCAGCACAGUUCCCCUUUCAGCCGAUUGUGCAGCCUGAGCUUCCACCUUCAAAACCUCAGCCUAUGUACACAGACCUGGACAUUGCAGAAGUGUUGGAAGGCCUGGUGCAUGAAGUUCUCAAAGGAGAGUGCAGAGAAAUCGGCAAGACAGGAGCAGCUUACGUGACUGCAGCUAUGUGUGCCUCUGAUGCCACCGUAGAGGAACUCUUGACCGAAGUAAUGAUGGAGCUUCUCAGGCAAGUUGCAGCAGAUGUAGUCAGUGCAGAAAGAGAGCGAGUCAAAGAGGAAAAACGCAGAGCAGAAGAAGAGAAGCAGAAGCAGGAAAGAGAACGGUUGAUAAAACAGUUGAGCCAUUCACUGGGUGCAGAGCUGACAGAAGAAGUAAUAAAGGAAGGUGUUCAAGAGACUUCAGCUAGUGAAUUAAAGUAUGCUUUGGAAAGAGACCGAAAAGCCCGCAUUGCCCGUUGCUCAGAGGAAGUCUGUGCUGAUGUAAUGCAGCUGUUUCUGGAAGAGGAGAUUUUCCAGAGUGCCAAGGAGACCCUCCAGGAGCUCCAGUGUUUCUGUAAAUAUCUGCAGCGAUGGAGGGAAGUGGUAGCAGCGCGGAAGAAGCUGAAGCGUCAGAUGAGGGCAUUCCCAGCAGCUCCCUGUUGUGUGGAUCCGAAAAACAAACUGAAGGCAUUAUCCCCCAGUGCAGAGUGUCCUAUUGCUGAGGAGAACCUAACUAAGAGAAUUGUAAACCUAGGACACGCAGGAAAUCUGGGAAUCUCCUGCACCAGGUUAAGAUGGCUGAGAAACAGGACGAAGCACCAAAUGAAAGUUCAGUACUUUUACCAGCAGUUGCUAUGUGAUGCAGCAUGGACACCCCUGGAUCUGCCUUCACUGAUCCUUGAACAUAUUCCAGUUCAGCGAGAACAGAUCUUUUGGAAGGUGCUCUUGGUGUUGCCAAGUUACGAAGGAUGUCCAGCAGAGGAUCCCAGCCAGGUACUAGCGGAUUGGUUGAAAGCCAAAUUUAUGGGAGAUAAAAGAUCGAAGGAUAUGAUCUCCAACACAGAGGAGAGAGUCCAGACACUUGCACUGUUUAACUCUUUUGGAAUGCAAGGAGAUCGGGCUGUUUGUGUCAACUUGUGUAUAAAGGUGGCCCAUGGCACCCUCAGUGACUCGCAGCUUGAUGUGGCUGAGGCACAGAAGGAUCUGCUUGGAACUAGUGGUCUUGUUCUCCUGCUGCCCCCUAGAGUGAGGAGCGAAGAUAUGGCUGAGGAGGAUGUUUACUGGCUUUCAGCUUUGUUGCAGUUGAAACAGCUCCUUCAAGCGAAGCCUUUCCAUCCAAUAGUACCUCUGGUGGUUCUAGUCCCUACGCGGGGAGAAGAGGCCACAGAGAAGGAAGUAGAAGAGGGUUUGAUGCUGCAGGAUUUGAUUUCAGCUCAGCUUAUUUCAGACUACAUUAUUGUUGAGAUUCCAGAUUCUAUCAGUGACUUGCAAGGCACCAACAGGCUCUCCGAGGCAGUGCGAUGGCUGCUUUCCCAGUGCCCCAGCUCCCCACAGCUCGGCUGCCAGACCCUCCAGCAGUUCAUCGAGGAUGGGGUUAGCCGUGAGUUCAGCGGGCGCUUCUACCAUGACCAGCGGGAGAGACGUUUGGCCGGCCUGCCCUCCCAAGAACCCAGUGCUAUCGUUGAGCUGUACAACAGCGUACUGCAGUUCCUGUCUGGGGUGGUUUCCUCCGAACAGCUCUGUGACCAGUCCUGGCCUGUCACUGAGUUCGUGGAGCCUGGCGGCAAUAAGCUGCUUCCUCACCUCCAGUGGAACACACUGGAUCACCUGGGCUGGCUGAGGAAGGCCGUGCUGUCCUUCCAGAUCCCGCACAUGGACCUUCCUCCUCAAGGGGCUCCCUGGCGUCCUGUCUGCUCCAUGAUUUUCCAGUACGUGUCCCAGAUCGCCAGCUCUCCCCAGACCCAGCCGAUACUCCAGUCUCAAGUGGAGAACCUGCUGAGCAGAACCUAUUGCAAAUGGCGGGGCAGGCUGUUUGCCAGCUCAGAAGAUGAUGGACCUGCAGUUGACGAAAUCCCCUGGGAUGAGAUCUUUGCGCUGUGCAUUGAUCAUAAACUGAGAGACUGGAAACGCCCCCGGCUGCCUGUCAUACCAGAAGCAGUGAGUGAAGAUGGCCAGAUAUAUGUCUAUUUCUUUAAGGAACAUUUGAAAACCUUCACUCUUCCUUUUUCAUGGGAGCGGGCCAGACUGCAAACACAGAAAGAGAUCCAGCAGGGACACACAAGGUCAAGGAUACGCUCUCCUCAGUCAUUUGCAAAACAUUAUCCCAUUUUGCUGCCUCGAACCGAGCGUGUCGGCCUGGGGGGUCAGGAAACGAGGAUUCCCAGUGCAGCAGAUCUAACGCACGUGGCCUCGGCCCAGGAGCGCCUCCCAGAGCGCCUGGCUGCUAAGCUGGAGCUGGAGAAGAGAGAGCACAGGAGGUUUGAGGAGCAGCUACACCAGUGGUUAGCAGAAGACUCCGAGCAGCUCCCAUGCUCCUUGUCUCUUCCCCUCUACCUCCCUCAGAGCCUGGUCUGUACACCUCAGGUUAUCCAUCCACUGAGUGAAACGCCCACGUCUCCACGUCCACAGGCUGGAAGUCAUGUGGAGCAUGGGCAUCUGGUGGAGGAGCCCGGCACCUCUCUGUCAGACAGACUGAAACGCUUACAACGGCUGAUCAGAGCUAACAAGGAAGAGGAGAUUGCCUGUGAGCUUCAUCUAUCUACCCUGCUGGACAUGGUGGAUGUUUAA